AUGGUGGUCUUCGUGGUUGGGGUGGGGGUUGCGGGUGGUGGUGAUGUGUGGUGGAAGCGAGUGGUGGGUAGGUGUUGGUGGUGGUGGUGGAGGUGGGUGGUGGUUGGUGGGGUGGUAGUGAUCAUAAUAGUGGGUGGUGGUUGUGGAGGUAGAUGGGGUUGGUGGUGGCAGGUGGUGGAGAUGGGUGAUGGUGUUGGUGGCGGGUGGUCGUGGUCGUGGAUGGUGGGCGUGGUUCGCAGUGGUGGUGAUGGUGUUGGGUGGUUGUUUUCGUGGGUGGUGGGUGGGGUGGUUGUGAUUGGUGGUGGAGGUGGUGGAGGUGACGAGUGA